CCUUAGUAAUAUUUAAUGGUUGGUUAUGUGCUUCUUCUAAUCUACUUCCACAGUAUCAGCAAUCUUCACAAUCGUGCAGACAAAAGCAAGCGCUUGCCUCCAAUUUACAAGGUUUCAAAAACUGUAUAUGCAUCCCCUAGUCGUGUAAAUUUCCGCCUUGAUCAAAGAAAGGCUGUAGAGACAGUACCUGCAUAUCCGAACAUUUAUUUCUCAGUUGAUGACUUCGAUGAUCCUUUUGAUGCUGUGGUUUUGUCAGACCCAGAACACUGCUAUUGUGUGAUUCUCAAUGCGCAUGAUGGGGCAGCAUUUCCUGAAGAAAGCGAAUCAAGCAAUGUCGGUUCAAAUAUACAAUCUGGGAUCAACUCUGGGAGCAGUGGAGAGAACCCACCAAAGGUUCACUCUCUUCCUAAAUGAAGGUUUCAUCGUGAUGACCGCAGCUCUCUUCUAU